GAGUCGCAUUCAGAGACCAAUGCUGGCACUCCACACCAGCCCUCUGUGGAGCAGACAGCAAAGGACACAGGCAGAGCAGUGAGGAAGACAAUAACAGGAAGAGAGCGAGGAAGUGGAAGAAGGCAGGGAGGUGGAGCACUUUGCGAGCAAGGUGAAGACCGGCAUGACCAGGCACCAGCAGCCCCCACCACAGAUUCUUUCCAGGAAGUGAGGCCCCAGAAGGUGAUGGCUGGCUGGUGUUAGAGAGCGUGUCCGCCCCUUGGCGGUGUGUGUGUGCACCCCUGUGCUGCUUCUGCUGCGCCCUCUGCUGGUGAAACCGCGAUGCUGUGGACGUUGUUCCUAGCCCUCCUGCUGCUGCUGCUGCUGCAGGCCCAGCUGUCUGUGUGUCUGAGGGAGCUGCGCUCCGCCACCCCACGUCCCGCCAGCGCUGCCUCGAGUCCCGCGGCCGUCACCCCGAGUCCGGCGGACGGCAACGCCACGCAGCGGCUGCCCGGUGCCAUCAUCAUCGGGGCGCGUAAGGGUGGCACACGUGCCCUGCUGGAGAUGCUCAACCUGCACCCGGACGUGGUGGCGGCCAAAAACGAGGUGCACUUCUUCAACCUGGAGGAGCACUACCGCCGUGGCCUGGGCUGGUACCGCGCCCAGAUGCCCCUCUCCCUGCCGGGGCAGCUGACGGUGGAAAAGACCCCAGGGUACUUCGCGUCCCCGCAGGCGCCCGGGCGGGUGCGGGCGAUGGACCAGGGCGUACGGCUCCUGCUGAUCGUUCGGGACCCGGCGGAGCGGCUGGUGUCCGACUACACCCAAGUGCUGCACAACCGGAGGCAGCGGCACAAGCCCUACCCACCACUGGAGGAGCUGCUGCUGCCGCAGGGCCGUGUCGACGCCAGCUACAAGGCCCUCCAGCGCAGCCUGUACCACCUGCACUUCAGCCGCUGGCUGGCCCACUUCCCCCUGGCCCAGAUCCACGUGGUGGACGGGGACGCCCUGAUCCGGGACCCCUUCCCCGAGCUGCGGAGGGUGGAGCGCUUCCUGGAGCUGCCGCCCCGCAUCGCCCCCUCCAACUUCUACUUCAACACCACCAAGGGCUUCUACUGCCUGCUCUCCGCCGGUCACGACCGGUGCCUGGACGAGUCCAAGGGCCGCCCACACGCCCCGCUGAGCCCCACCGCCCGCCGAAUGCUCUGCCGCUUCCUUCACGAGCCCAACCGACGCUUCUUCAGCAUGGCGGGUCGCACCUUUGCCUGGUGCUGAGGCCACGCUCAUCAGGCUUAAUGCGCCAAUCAGAGAAAAGACGUGUCUCAGCAACUUGGUGGGAUAUGGCGACAUUGCUUCUGACAACUGUUCUUAGUCCAGCAACCAGCGU